AGUGUUAUAAGAUUGAUUUUUCCAUCCAGGAGAGUUCCAAUGGGCCGGUGAAGAAGUCCAUGCGAGAAAAGGCCAUAGAAAGACGUAACAUCAACAAGGAACACAACAGUAACUUUAAAGCUGGCUAUGUACCCAUAGAAGAGGAGCGUCUCCAUAAGACAGGACUGAGAGGACGUAAGGGAAACAUGGCCAUUUGCAUCAUCGUCCUCCUCUUCCUCCUCGCCUUAAUUAACCUCAUUAUCACACUAGUUAUAUGGACUGUGAUCCGUAUUGGUCCGAAUGGCUGCGACAGUAUGGAGUUCCAUGAGUCUGGCCUGCUGCGCUUUAAACAGAAAGCGGACAUGGGCAUCAUUCAUCCACUGCACAAGAGCACAGUAGGAGGCCGUAAGGACCAGGACCUGGUCAUUGUCGGCAACAAUAACCCGGUUGUGUUCCAGCAAGGCACUUCUAGGCUCAGUGUAGAAAAGGAAAAGACUUCGGUCGUCAGUGAUGUCGGCAUAUCAUUCACAGACCCCCGCACACAGAACACGUUCUUCAGUACGGACUUUGAAAACCAUGAGUUCCAUUUGCCCAAAGGGGUCAAAGUCCUCAGCGUUAAAAAGGCGUCCACAGAAAGGAUCACCAGCAGUGCGACAUCUGACCUGAACAUUAAAGGGGACAGCAAGGCUAUUAUCCGUGGUAAUGAGGGGGUCAACAUCAUGGGCCGUACCGUAGAGUUCAAAAUGGGUGGAGGCAUCGAGCUCAGAGCUGAAAACAGCAUCGUCCUCAAUGGAUCAGUCAUGUUCAAUGCCACACGCAUCCCUAACUCAGCAGGAGAUGUGUAUUUCGAUGAGGGGAUGGAGAGGUACAAGCUGUGCAUGUGUGCUGACGGGACUCUGUUCCGUGUGCAGGUGAAGUAUCCCAACAUGGGGUGCCAGACGUCAGAUAACCCUUGUAGAAAAGCUCACUAGGAAGCCUGACUGGAAUCUGCUGAAUCUCACCCAUCCAAUCAGAUUACAUAUUUGCAUAACAGGACUUUCUAUAGGAAAUUCAUCAUGACUUGCACAUAACAAUACUGUACCUCUGUGGUUCACCUGACAAAUUCUGUAUUCCUUAUUUUGUUAGCAGAGCAGGAAUGGUAUUACAGAUCAAUGCCAUUUGGCCAAAGAUAUUAACAGAAAUCUGUAGUUUUUUUAUUGUCCUGCAGUUUUGCCAACUUUAUUUAAACUUUAUUAUGCCGUGAAAGUGCUUAACACUCCUACAAAUAACAUCAUAUUGUGGUUUACAUUGCCAGGUGGUAGCAAUUAAAAGCUACAAUAUUUAUUUUUUGCCUUACUGUCCAGUAUUAUAGACUAAGUUGGCAGUUUAAUGGGUUCAUCUAGUUAAAACUAAUGCUUUCUAAUAAACAGUCCUGCAGUAAAUCCCCCUCCAUGAAUGCUUUAAUGUUCAGUUUUUAUUUAAAUUGUUUCAGAGACGUGUUGAUUCUGUUUGUGGUGCUGUUGAACUGUGUUACUUUAUACAGUCUAAUGUUCCUGUUGUCAGUGAUAUAAAUGGGAUGGACAGAAAUAGAGCUUAGUUCAUAUGGAUUUUUAGGGGCCGAUAAACCAAUAUGUCAAAGAAAUCUAAUCAAGGCUUUAUAUUUUAUAAUUUAGACAUAAACUUCAUUGUAAGUAAUGAAGUAAGGUAAAACACAAAUAUAACCAAUAUAUUGAACAUUCAUUUACAUUUUCUGUAAAAUGUUAACAUAAAUGCACAUCUUUUUGCCUUGUUUAUUCUGUUUGAAUUAAACUUUUAUAUCAUAUAUAUAAUACCAAUAUGUCUGUGAAAGUCUUCAGACAAAAUAUAAUUGAACAGCACCAAAAAAAUUACGCCCCCAAAAUUACUAGAAAGCAGAAUAAACACCUCCCUGAAAAUGAACAUUGUAAGUGCCAUGAAAGCAGAAUUUACUGCAGGACUCUUGUAUUAAACUACAUUCGUUUUAGCUAGGUGUCCGUAAUAAACUACUAAUCGAGGGUACAAUCCUUGUAGGGGGGUUGUAUAUGAUUUUAUUUUCUGUUCAUUGUUCCUGGCAGCUGUGUUUGUUACUCUCUUUAUUAUUUUUACUGACAUGCGUGAGACACUAUAAGAUUAUAUCGAGUGAUAUAAUACUUUGGGUGAACUGCACAGAAUUGGGAUAAACUGUAACAGGAGUGUUACAUUUGAAGCCAUCCAGUAAUGCUAAACAGGCCUCUUUCUGCACAUCCUGGGACUGUUCAUCAUGCACGUGUCAAUGGAUUUAUAAGGGAUGAGCAGUGACAUCAAUAUAUAUGGAUAGUAUUCUCAUUUUGUUGCAGAAGCUUUUUACAGUGAGGAAAUACAAUAUUAAAAAACAGAAGAGUGUUUGCA